UAGUGCAUUUCCCUGAAUUUAGCGUUUAGUUAGUGUACUGAUAUGAUUUUAGUGGGUGGACAGCAUAACCGAUUUGCAUGGUAGAACCUAGAAAUUAAUUUUGGGAGUAAUAAAUGACUUUAGUUACCGCUUAUUAUACUCAAUUUAACGUUGAUGACACAAAUUCAUGUAUAAUAUGAUUUAUUAUAUGAUGAUGAAUGCCUGGGAUUUAAUUUUAAUGUUUGCAAAUCAGCUGAAUGGAUGCUCUGUCCGCCUGGGUGCUGUGUGGUUUUUUUUGCUGGGCGUUCUGUCGGCCUGGAGGUGUCUGGACAGGCUACCAUGCUUUUAAAUUGAGCAGGGGUAUUUUAGUCCUUUCACAAAUCGGUUUGGAUGAAAAAAAUGCAAAUACAGCUUCAAAUACAUGAGAGUGGCUUGUUAAGAAAGUUAGAUGAGGGGUGACUUUUUUAUAAGAGCAUGCUAGAGGGUGGCAUUUUGUUAAAGGUAACCGAAUGGAGUGUCAUAUAGUUAAAUUUCUCCUCCUCGACGCCUGCCACCGCCGCUGUCGCCGCCGGUGCAGCAGCUCGUUGCCCCGCUUCCUCUGCUUGAACCCCCGCCCCUGCUGGGACCGACCUCAGCGGUGGGUGCUUCGGCGGCAGCGGUGCUUCCUCACCUCGGUCGCCGCGUGGAGGUCCCACCACCCAGCACUGCCUCGACUCGGAGGUCUCCAACGAGUGCCUCCUCAGCUUCGGAGGCCUAUUCUCGCCGAACCGCCGUCGAGCGCCACCGCCUGCAAGCUGUCGAGGUGAGUUCAUCCCGCCAAAUCCAUGUGAAGGCCAUCAAAGGGAGGGGGAAGGAGGGCCACGGGGCUGGCCAGCCACAGGGAAGUGGGGAUCCGGUCGGCCAAGGGAGAGGAGCUCGCCAGCGGCUGGUGCUGCUGAUGAGAGAGACGAUGGAACUGCUGGAGUGAUGACUGAUGAGAUGAUAGAGGAGAGGAAGAAGAAGGGCACAGAGGCAAUUUGAUCGAUGAAUUUAGCUUCGUAGUGGCAUGGUUUAAAUCAAUGUCGCUUUGGAGAUGUAUUUACAAGAUCAAACUUUGGAUUGACAAUUUGGCAUGUAUUUUAAGCAAAACCUUUGCAUGUCAUGCAUGUAUUUAUUUCCUAUGAUCUAGAUAGUCGCUGCUGCUGCUUGAUAUCGAACUUGUGACAUGGAUGGUGGUUCCUUUCUUAGUUUCUUAUAUGAUCAGUGAUCACUAAUAUGACUUGCAAAUUGAGAUACCUCUCAUUCAUGAUGACUAACCUCAGAUCUUUCUUAUAGCCUGAAUGUCAACUAUUUCUGAUCAGAAGAAACGGACCUUAGAAGCGCUUCAACAACGGUAUGCUGCUGCAAAAGCUAAAAAGCUGCAAGAAGCGCAACCUAAGUGUCAAACGAAGAACAAAGAUGGCACGUCCAAGCCCAAAUUUGAUGCAUCAAGGAAAGGAAAAGCUCCUGAACCCAUUCCAUGUCAAAUCUCCACUCAGCUCCCUUCGAAAACAGGUCUAGCAAUUUCCAGUUCUUCUGCUUCAUCAGGUGGAGAAAUCAACCCUGUAUACUCUGAACUCUCAUUUGCUCCUCAUGAUAAUUUGCUCCAAGGAAGCAUUGUGGAUUUGGACAGUAUGGAUGUUGUGCAGAGUGUUGUUCAUGACAUAAUUCAGAAAGGUGGAGAUGCUGGCAAAAUUACCAAAGGAGCCAAAAAGUUAAGGCUGGACAAGGGGAUUCUGUUGGAUAACUAUGUUCACAGGGGUCCGAGAUUAGUGGAAGCACAAGCAAAAUCUUUAUUAAGUCAUUCCAAACGAUCAAAAAGACACAUGUCACUUAAGAAACAUAAGAAGUGUGGAUCAUUUGAUUUAGAUGAGACGCUCUGCAAGUUUGAUCUCUAUAAGCCAAUGCAUGAAAUGUGGAAAGAAUACAUAACAGAGCUUACCAAGACUACACCGAAGAAACAGUUAUCUGAAAACCUCCUCUCCGCAGAUCUCCAUGGGGCUCUUAUAAUAGUGGCUGAAUGCAAAUCAGACUCUUACCAAGGUGUUUGUGGCAUCAUGAUUCGGGAUACUGCAGAGACUUUUGGGAUCAUAUCAGAGGACAAUCACUUCCGAGUUGUACCAAAAGCUGGAUCAGUUUUCAUACUCCAAGCAGGCUGUUGUAAGGUUACACUGAUCGGCAACAAAUUGUCCCCCAGGGAGAAGCUGAAAGAGAACCAGCGUCAGCAGCGGGUGCAAGCACAAAUCAGAUAGAGUUUUUCAUCCUUUAUCUGUCCUAAAAUUUAUUGUUUUCCCCCGGGAACAUGUACAGUACUACAGCCUAGUUAGUUAGGUGUUGCUCUGCCUUAACAUGCCACUGAUUCACAUCCAUCGGAUCGAUUCAGAGGCUACACUUCCCUUUAGUUUUCAGGUGGAGUACCCAUGUGGCUAUAACUGAAAUCCCAGGUGAAUGUUUUUGACUUGGUGGUUGGCGUAGACGAUAGGGUUGAAUCGAAUGAGCUGUGGUAAUUGCAUUUUGAAAGCUUUUCUCAGCGCGUCGUUACCGAUAAACCAGAACUGAAUAAUCAUGUUCCAACGAGAGAUUGAGAUCGUCUAAUAAAAAUUCAGAGGAACAUAAUCAAUGACAUAAUGUCCAUAUGACGAUGGGACCAUGUGUUAG